CCCGCCCCUAGCCCUGCGCGCGCGGCAGAGCCGGGCCCGGGGACCGACAGCGGGCUCUGCCACACUGGAAGUUUCCAGGGAAAAACGUCUCGUGGGGACUCUGUGGAGAAACGAACAAAAGCCCAUUCUGAAAUCUCUCCAAUUGCUCUUUUCACCCCGACAGACUACAGAAUAACGUCCAUGUUUUGCUCUAGAUCGUCCCACCCUUCCAGAGGAAAGGCAAUGGCUGCAGCGGAGUUAGCUGAGGGGCUGGUGACCUUUGAGGAGGUGGCUCUGUAUUUCACCAAGUCAGAGUGGGCUCUGCUGGACCCCACUCAGAGAGCUCUCUACAGAGACGUCAUGGAGGAGAACUAUGAGAAGGUGGCCUCGCUGGGCUACAGAAUAACGUCCAUGUUUUGCUCUGGAUCGUCCCACCCUUCCAGAGGAAAGGCAAUGGCUGCAGCGGAGUUAGCUGAGGGGCCGGUGACCUUCGAGGAGGUGGCUGUGUAUUUCACCGAGUCAGAGUGGGCUCUGCUGGACCCCGCUCAGAGAGCCCUCUACAGAGAUGUCAUGCAGAAGAACUAUGAGAAUGUGACCUCGCUGGGGUUUCUAGUUUCCAAACCUCAUGUGAUCUCCUGGCUGGAACGAGGGGAGGAAUCAUGGGUCCCAGAUCUCCAGGACUCUGAGGAGAGAGAGACCCUGAGAGAUGCCUGCACAGCAGAUGAUGGGAUGGUGAAUGAGGAGGAGAAUCCUCAACGAGACGAUGCUGAGCAAGUAGAAGCACAUGGGACAUUCUCAGAAAGAUCCAAAGGGAAUGUUUCCUGGAGUUGUGCACAGACAAACGACCAUGAGAGUCAGCACAGACCAGGGAAAAAGUUCAGUAGAGGCUCAGACCUUAUUAGACAUGAGAGAAUCAACACAGGAGAAACACCGUACAUCUGCCUGGAGUGUGGGAAAACCUUCAAACAUAAUUCAGUCUUUAUCAUACAUCAGAGAAUCCACACUGGAGAGAGACCAUACACAUGCCCCGAGUGUGGGAAAAGCUUCGGUUGCAGCUCAAACCUUACCACACAUUACAGAAUCCACACAGGGGAGAAACCCCACACUUGUCAUGAGUGUGGGAAAGGCUUCAGUCGGAGCUCAGAGCUUACGUUCCAUAGGAGAAUCCACACAGGAGAAAGACCCUACACUUGCUGUGAGUGCGGGAAAAGCUUCAUUCGGAGCUCAGAGCUUAAUAAGCACCAGAGAAUCCACACUGGAGAGAGACCCUUCAGAUGUUCUGAGUGCGGGAAAGGCUUCAAUAAUAGGUCUCAGCUUGUCACACAUCGGCGAAACCACACAGGAGAGAGACCGUACACAUGCCCCGAGUGUGGGAAAAGCUUCAGUCGCAGCUCAAACCUUACCACACAUUACAGAAUCCACACAGGGGAGAAACCCCACACUUGUCAUGAGUGUGGGAAAGGCUUCGGUCGGAGCUCAGAGCUUACGUUACAUAGGAGAAUCCACACAGGAGAAAGACCCUACACUUGCUGUGAGUGCGGGAAAACCUUCAUUCGGAGCUCAGAGCUUAAUAAGCACCAGAGAAUCCACACUGGAGAAAGACCCUUCAGAUGUACUGAGUGCGGGAAAGGCUUCAAUAAUAGGUCUCAGCUUGUCACACAUCGGCGAAACCACACAGGAGAGAGACCCUACUCAUGCCUUGAGUGUGGGAAAGGCUUCACUUCUAGCUCACAGCUUGUCUCGCAUCAGCGAAUCCACACAGGAGAGAGACCCUAUUCAUGCCCUGAGUGUGGAAAAAGCUUCAGUUCUAACUCACAGCUGGUCUCACAUCGGAAAAUCCACACAGGAGAGAGACCCCAUUCAUGCCCUGAGUGUGGGAAAAGGUUCAGUCAUAGUUCACAGCUUAUCACACAUAAGAGAACCCAUACGGGAGAGAAACCGUACACAUGUCCUGAGUGUGGGAAAAGCUUCAGUCAGAGCUCACAGCUUGUCACACAUCAGAGAAUCCACACAGGUGAGAAACCCUACACGUGCCUUGAGUGCGGGAAAAGCUUCAAUCGGAACUCAUUGCUGAUCAUGCAUCAUAGAAUCCACACAGGUGAGAGACCCUACACGUGCCUUGAGUGUGGGAAAAGCUUCAUUCGGAGCUCACUGCUGAUCAUACAUCAAAGAAUUCACACUGAGGAGAGACCUUACAGAUGCCCUGAAUGCGGGAAAGCCUUCGUUUGUAGCUAUCAGCUUGUCUCACAUCGGAGAAUCCACACAGGAGAGAAACCCUACUCAUGCCCUGAGUGUGAGAAAAGCUUCACUGAUAGAUCACAGCUGAUCAAACAUAAGAGAAGACACACGGGUGAGUCCCCCUACACAUGCCCUGAGUGUGGAAAAAGCUUCAGUUCACACUCACACCUUAACGCACAUAAGAGAAUUCACACAGGAGAGAGACCCUACACAUGUUCUGAGUGCGGGAAAAGUUUCCGUCAGAGAUCAAACCUUAUCGCUCAUCAGAGAAUCCACACAGGGGAGACGCCCUAUAGCUGCCCUGAGUGUGGGAAAAGCUUCCGUCGGAACUCAGAGCUCAUCAUACAUCAGAGAAACCACACAGGAGAGAGACCCUACACAUGCUCUGAAUGUGGGAAAAGCUUCAAUCAGAGAGCAAACCUUAUCACACAUCAGAGAAACCACACAGGAGAGAGACCCUACACAUGCUCUGAGUGUGGGAAAAGCUUCAUUCGGCGCUCAGAGCUUAAUAAACACCAGAGAGUCCACACUAGAGAGAGACCCUUCAGAUGCCCUCAGUGCGGUAAAGGCUUCACUUCUAGCUCACGGCUUGUCUCACAUCAAAAAAUCCACACAGGAGAGAAGCCCUAGUCGUGCCCUGUAUGUGGGAAAGGCUUCAGUCAGUUCACGGAUCAUCACACAUCAGAGAAUCCACACAGGAGAAUAACACUAUACUUGUAUUCAGGAGGGCUGCCCAAAGAUUUUUUGUUUUGGGUUUUGUUUUGGUAAUACGUUGGCUAAUUCCCACAUAUUGGUCUUUAAGGUCAAUUGCACCAUUUCCUUUACUGUAGUCUCUCAGCUCCCUUCUGGUGAGUUGCCGCCUUCUAUCUUUUGCAGCUCACCUUACUUUGGGGUGAAUCCUGUGAUCCUUUCUAACAACUCCUUUGUCUUAUGAGUUAUGGGAAUGUGUAUCCCUCUUGACAGAAAUGCCCAUCAAUCGGAGUUGGGGGAGAGAGGGUUGACCUCAUCUAGCUACAGUGAGAUAAAAACUGUCUGUGCCUUGUCUCCACCAGAACUCUACAUUGAGUAGACCAUGUCUACACUACCACUUAUGUCGGCAAAACUUAUGUCGCUCAGGGGUGUGAAGAAAAACCCCACUCCUGACUAACAAGUUUUGUCGGCAUAAUUGGCAGUGUGUACAGCGCUGUGUCGGUGGGAGAGCUUCUCCCGCCCACAUAGCUACCACCGCUCAAUGGGAGUAGUUUAAUUAUGUCGACGGGAGAGCUCUCGCCCGCCACCAUAGAGCGACUUCACAAGAAAACUUACACCAGCGCGGUUGCAUAAAUACAGUUGUGCCACUGUAAGGUCUCGAAUGUAGAUACAGCCUAAAUUGCUCAAAUUAGCUAUCUUGGUGUAAAAACACAACUAUCUUUUCAGGGCAGACAUAACCCAGGUGCAGUGGUCUGGUUAACUUUCCCCUUGUGCUGACCUGAUCUCCAUCACCCUUCCUAGUCCUGAUAAACUCUGAGCAUCACAUUGCAAAUUUCCUGGUUGGGCGAGAGUCUCAUUCCCAGGUUUUCUGACAUUACUUGUGGUUGUUCUGAAGAGGAGGUAGUUUUUCUACCAGUUUUCUGAUUUAGAAUAUAAUGAGAUGUAAUUAAAAGGCAGGAGGAAAGGUAGAAAAAAAGUAUCAUUUCAGCCUUUCCAGAUGGAAAGAUUGGCUGAUUUUCCCUAUUAUGAUGAUGCUAAAACCUUUUGUAACUAACAUGACUGAAUUGUAAUGAGGUGGUGCUGAGUGAAGAAGGUUUGAAUGGACCAGAGGACAGCGUAAUAGGAAAAUCAGUUCUAAUUUGGCGUCAUGAGAUGUAAGAUGCUCUGGAAUUUCAUUUUAUAUGAUACUGAAACUGUAUUAUUCGCUUGUGUGUUGAGGGUUUUUCUUUCCUGAGGGCUUUUGAUAACAAAACUGGAUAUUAGUUUUUUGUUAUAGGGUGAACUUCACGUUUUGGGUGUAUUUUGAAACAAAUGACCAUUUACUUAAAACAA